AUGACCCCUCCCAAGCGCGCCUUGUUCUCUCUAAACCUCGACACUGACGCAGACCACGUAUACCAAAAAGUCGAAGACCACAACAAGGACGGUGUAGACAGAGUUAAAGUCUUGGAAAGCAAAGGGCCCACUCGCGGACACACGGAUUUGAGUUACGUGACGAGGCCGUUUGAGAAGACUGUUCAUCGAGCUGUUAACGAGGUUAUUGACGGAAGAAAAGUCAAGUCUGCGGAAGGAGAAAUAUCAUAUUCGACAACUAGAACCGAAAGACGAAGUGGUGGUACUUCUAGACGAAAUCAGGACACAGACGACGAAGACAGGGAGAAGAGUCGAUUGAACAUCAGCUUUGAGAUCUCUCCAAAAAGCAACAUGUCAGCGGACCAGCAGCCUCUCCGUAUAGCCAUUGGCUGCGACGAUGCGGGCGUCUCGUACAAAAAGGCCAUCAUCAAAGACCUAGAAGCCGAUUCCCGCAUUGCCUCCGUAACCGACGUCGGCGUCCCCGAAAACAGCGACAAAACAGCGUACCCACAUAUCGCCGUCGAUGCCGCCAAACUCGUCGCAGAGGGCAAAGCAGAUCGUGCGGUCCUCAUCUGUGGCACCGGUCUUGGUGUGGCCAUCUCGGCGAACAAAGUGCCUGGUAUCAGGGCUGUGACAGCACACGAUAGCUUCUCGGUAGAACGUGCGAUUCUGUCCAACGACGCACAAGUGCUAUGCAUGGGUGAGCGAGUUGUUGGAAUUGAACUCGCGAGGAGAUUAGUCAAGGAGUGGGUGGGAUAUCGAUUUGACAAGAGCAGUGCUAGUGCGAAGAAGGUGGAGGCUAUUAUGGAGUAUGAGAGGGAGAAUUACAAGGGUUUGGUUGAGGAUCAAGGGAAGAGCAAAGGGUGCUGA